AUGUGUACUCAAAAUGGCAAUAUGGUGUCUAAUCAUGUGUGGUCUUAUCCAAACUUUUUCCCCAUCUUCAUCAUGAUGCAUCAGAAAAUUGUUAAUGUUUUCAGCGAACGAAAGAAACCUGAUUUUCAUCAUCUGCAACGAGCAGCAGCAGCAGCAGCGAGCGCAUACUUUAAAAUUGAUAACGUUGAUGCUGAACGAGCAGCAGCAGCAGCGAAAAUUGAAUUUUUACAAAAUAGAUCAAGCGAGACAUAA